GCUAAAGAUGUCGGCUCGGUCAUGUGAUCAGCUGUGUCCAAUCACAGCUGAUCUCAUGUAAAUAGGGAAAUGCUGGUUAUUGGCAUUUCCUCAUGAGGUCAUUCCUCGGAGGGGACAUGUACACUAAUCAUCAGGGCACUGAUCAUGAGUGUGCCCUGAUGAUCAGUGUAGCCCCAGCAGUGCCACCUGUCAGUGUCCAUCAAUGCCAGCUGUCAUGCCACCUGUCAGUGUCCAUCAGUGCCUCGUGCCAGUGCCCAUCAGUGCCACUUAUCAGUGCCUACCAGUGCACAUCAAUGCCAUAGAGUGCCCAUCUG